AUGCGUCAAUCUUCUGGUGGUUAUUGUGAUUGCGGUGAUCCUGAAGCCUGGAAGACGGGAGCUUGGUGCAAUCUUCACAGAGGUAAUGGAGAGGAAGACGGGAAUGUGGAGGACGAAGUCUUCUUCGCUCGCUCAAUUGAAGAGGAAGAGAAGUUGGAGAUUGAAGAAGUAAAUUCCCAACUCUCUAAACUUCCCCAGGAUCUGAUUCGUCGUCUGACUUACCUUCUAAAGCCUCUCAUCGAAAGCGCCUCAAUUGUGCUCUUCCAACUUUUACAAGCCACAAGACCAAUGGAAGUCACUCCUCUGUCUACAGACCCCAAUCAGACUAUAGAUGCCGAUGAGGAGUUUGACAAACCCUUUGAAGAGGACGAAUGGCCACCAGCACUAUCCCACCUCACCAACGCCAACGCAGACCUUGACGCAAGCACUCUUGGUCUCACUGCUUUCCCUCGCACAUGUCCCAAACUCCAUGAUCAGCUGAAUAUAACUCGCCGGUGUUUGGACCAAAUGGCCAGAGCACACCGUCUGCAUCCGGUACUUUUUCCCUUGACAGCAUUGACGGCUUGUCGUAAUGCCGCUGCUCAAACCUGCAAGGACUACGUGGUAGCGUUGUAUAAUAACGAAUUCCACAACUACGAGGACGUCAUUAGGAUUGUUCGACGUGUGGACGGAUGCACUUCAAAACAGGCUACUCUCUAUGCAGUGAUUGUCAAUCGGGAAGGGAGAACACCGAUCCUUACCAAUCUAACACUGGAUAACGCUGCCUCAAAAGCUUCUCGUGUGGCGCUACAGUUUCAUAAUGCUGAGAGCAGUCUAUUUGCUAUAACCGGCUCGUGUCUCUCUUUAGGCCACCGUAAAGUACUCCUCUAUGCUUUAGGAUUUUGUAUCCGUUCCCUUGUCCAAGAGGAACAAAGAUCUGAGCCAAGACGCACCCUAACCCAAGACAUGCUGAACGCUCUAGCUAUUCACGGUCCUUCAACAGACAUGGGUCGGCGACGCGACUUCUUGUCACCAGGAUCUCGUCAUUUUAAUCGACCCUUGCGUGCAGCAGUAAUGGAGAGUACAGUGUACGCACUGGAGGACUUUUUCAUCAAUGUGCUGCGUUGGUUGGAGCGUUUGGCCUGCAAGGUUUUGCCUUUGCGUCCACUCAUCGGCAACGCUUUAUAUGGACGCUUUCCGGACCUAUCCUCCACCGACGCUGUCACGGCAGAGGUCCAUCCUACUGCCGAAAUGAUGACACCCCACAGUUUUGUUUGGCAUAUUUGCCAACGAUACUCCCUUACUCAUAGGGCAACUCGUAAAACUGUCUCCCGACUAAUUGCCAGUGUUCUACUACAAGAGUCUUUCCAUCGUCGUGUGUUUGCACACACCUACAUUUCUUUCUAUGGGGAAAUCAUGCAAGGCUACGUCUACGAUGACCACUUGCAUUCGGAUUCACUCAUCUCUAUGUCCUGCCAAUUUCUGACUGCUGCUAGUUUGGCUCGUUAUCUUCUGGUCGAGUGUGACGCUCUUGCGCGUAUGUUCAAACGCUCGGUGUUGGCGAUAAAAUCAAGUUCUAGCCUUCUCCCCAGUAUUUAUGAAAGCAAUGACAGCAACAAGACCAUAUCCGCCCAAUUCUGUAAUAGUUCUCUUCCCCCACCCAUCAUACAAUCUUCCUCCGUUUUGAACGUCAUGAAAUCUCACAAAUUUGCCAAUUCCCGUGCCUGGGCGGCAAUGCGAGCGUUGCUCAACGACAAGCCAUCAUGCGAGGAUAUGUUGUGUUUGAAGUGGAGCAGUUCCCCGCUCGAUAGCAAUUCUAAUUUUCAUCCAUUUGAGAGACUCAUCGGAAGCGUGAGUCACGAUGUUGGCUAUGUGCUUACAAGUCUACUCAAUAUACGACCUAUUCCUGGUUGGUGGACUGAAAUAGCCAGGCAAAACUUCAUGAACUACUUCAGUGAGCUACUGAGGUACUUUUGCUUGGUUCAGGAUAUGAAUAGCCUGUAUCGUGCUACUGUCAGCCAUGUGGAGAUUGAAAGCGAAUGGCUCAGCACCUUCCAAAUUUUGUCAAAUAUUCACAAGUGCCUGGAAUGCACCAUUCAAGUGGCCAGUACGGACAAGAAACUCCUUCUGCAAUGUAUUGAGGCAGCUAAAGAUAUGUAUGAACGUCGUGUCGGCAUAAUUGACAGGUGUUUCCAUGUGAGAGAAUACACAGGCUACGCGAAUUUCGGGGAAAUGCCUAAAAAUGAACUUUCAGUCCAUUGUGUUGGUGCCACAUCGGUUGUCUAUGACUACGACAUCAUGUCAAUGCGAUACAGUCCGAUGCAACCGCUACCGCGUCUACUAGCUGCUCUUUAUGGUCAUGCACUUGAAAUGGGCAUUUCGCUUACCAGACUCGGACUUACCGACCAGGAGUAUGUGAAUCGCCUUGUUGAGAGACCCCUACAAAAUGUAGCAUUUAUAGCGCAAGCAGCUGCAAACUUCUGGGUUCGAAACGGUCAAACCGUAAGAAAUAUUAUUUUCAAUAUUCACAGACGAUAUCGUACUGACCUUAUUGAUAGAGAUUACCAGCUCCUUCAACAAGCUGCAGCUGUUUUACUCCCGGAUGAAUUUCUUGUUCGACUCUGUCAUAAGCUUAAUCUCAUUGCACUCAUGAAUUGGGAUUUUCUCGGCACAUCAGUAUCGGUUCGAGUGCAUUUUAUUGAAGCCUUUCUCCGCAUUCUUCUCUAUAUCUUAACCCAUCGUACAAUUGAUGGUGUGGCAUACUACGAUCCGGAUGUUUACAAUUCCCUUCCCCAAAAUCCCAGUCUUUUCCCCGAUGCUAAACUAGGUGGCGUUGACGAGGCACUGGAAGUGCACUACGGUCAACUUGUGGAUGAUGUUAUUCACACCCUUUGCAUAAAGUCAAUGACGCAUUCGAAGCUCACAGCUUCCUUGGCCUCUCAGAUGCCUGGUUGUCUUUUACGAAAAGCACCACCUUAUCCACCGACAUCGCAGUCAGUUCCUGGAAGUUCUUCGGUCAUUUCUUUACAAGUCUCUCCUAGUACUUCUUCGUGCAAAGAACGCGUCGAAAGGCCACUGGUUAAAAUCCUCGGUGAAGUUGCAAUUACUUCAAGGACCGGAAAUCAGAAGCUCUUCAGCAUUAAACCGGAAGUUGCCGCUGCAAGGUUCAAUCGAUUCUACUUUAGAUAUCAACCUUCAGAGAGAACAGCGGCACAGGAGAACGUUAUCAAUAUACUGAAGAAUUGGACUCAAAAAUCUUCUGAUUCAGAGGGCAGGCGCUUUCAACACUUGCCUAUUCCACCUCCGUUGCCACGACCACAUCGUCGCUUCCACGCUUCAAUGAGUGGUGUUCUCCAGAUCAUGCGUUGCAAGACUUUUGUUCGCAUCAUAAGACAACUUUUAUCCAUGGCGUUGGCCAGUAAACAGCAAUCAAAACAACCAUGGACGGAAUCACUCACAGAGCUUACUCUACAUCUCGUCACUAUUGCGUUGUACGAAGAUGCUGUUGCCUUCAAAGAAACUGGACAACGACCAUUCAUGGAAACUGUUGUGUCAGUUCCCCUUAAAGAGAGAAAUGACGAUCUUAAGAAACUUGCUGCGUCUAAGUUCUGGCUUCAGACACAUCCAAGUGUCAGGCAAAUAAAUACUGAACUAUUUGUAAACGAACGUGAUAACUGCAUCCUUUCUAAGUUGGUUGCAUUACAUGCAGCUGAACGCGACCCAGAAGUUGCGAAAUUGGUCAAGUGGACUGUAGACUUGUGGAAUGAAGUGGCCGCCAAACCCAAAACUGAAACUGUACCUAUGGAAGCUGAUACAUCGGCCACGACCCCAGUUUCAACUGACGAACAGAAGCAGGCGAAAAUGAGACGUUACGUGAAUAUAAUGGGCAAGAUGGCUCAAAUGCAACGCCGCUUUAUUGAGACCCACUUCCAGGACAUCGCUGGGACAAACGAAGCCGAACAGCCUAUGGACACUUCUGAACUGACAACACAACCAACAAGCAAUCUACUGGCUCUUAAAAAUGCAGCCAGUGGUUCUGCACAGGUCACUUUUAGUCCAUUACUACCAAAUUGUGUUGAAUCGCGCAUUUCUCAGCUGCUGAAUGGGGAACGUUCGACCGUAACCUGCAACAUGUGUCUCGAAGAAUUUCCAAUGUCAGAGGCUAGUAACUUCAUUGGAAACGCCAGUGCUAAUCGCUCGAAUGUCCUCUAUAUCACACCUCCUCAUGGACAAGUUAUGGACUUCAUUCAGGGCAAGGAAUGUUCCGAUUGUACUGAACGCACGCUGGGCGGCAUUGCUACAAGUGCUGUGUCUGGAUCUGUCGGCGCUCAUGAGCCCAAUCUUUCCAGGUUACCGUAUCUUCUUAGUGGUUUGAAUCAAACUACUCCAUCGAAUCCGGGUAGUGCCACUCAACCUUCAUCACCGGGACCCGGGCACCCAGAUGUUAUCGAUCCCUGGUUCCCGCGUCCCCUCAUAGUCAGUCGCUGUCCUGUGGGUGAAGAGGGUACCUUCAUCUCCUGCUGCCAGCACUUUGUUCACGCUCGUUGCAAAGAAAAUUACAUGAAGCGUCGUCGCCCCAACCAAUUGAAUGAAAAUAGAUUCGGCCGACGUAGCCAAGCCGAGUAUUCCUGCACCCUAUGUCAAUUUGCCGGCAACUUUGACUAUCCCAUUGUUGAUCCGUUCCCCAAUUCAGUACCCGUGGAAUGGUUCACCCAGUGCCUGCGAAAUCAACUUGACCUAGUCUCUUGGUUGAAAAACCUUCAAACCUGGUUCAAUGUCUCACCGAAGAUCUCAGCUACAGUGAACUUUAAGAUUGGAAGUUUUGAUGGGAACAAUAGUACUCCGGAGCUAUUAACCAAGUUGUUCGCCAUGCUAAAUGAUGCAGAGAAACAGGAGGAAUCGAGAAACAUAAUUAGGGAAAUACGCUCAGUGGCUAAGGAGAUUCUUGUAUUAGCCGAUGGUGGACAAGAUUCAACGUCUUCUUCAUCUGAGGCUGGAGAAGAUACCUCCUCUGGUAAAAGUGAUCGCUCUGGGGGAUUAAAAAUACGUUUCCGGCAUCUACUUCACUUCCCACGACCAGAUGAUCCGCAUAUGUAUAGGAAUCUCUGGAGCUUCGUCAAGGCCAUUGCACAUUUGAGUCAACCAAGACCUAUCGAUGUCAACGUACUAUCGUCAAAUCCUCUUCCGGGUUUGCCUUUAAAUUUCCCUGAAAUGGAGAACGAGGAAUUCGAGCAAAACAUGCCAGCUUGGCUAGAAAUGGAUGAUAACGAAGACAAUGACGAGGAAAUGGAUGUUCCGAAUGCGUUCUUUGAAAUGCUUCAACAACAAGGCGUGCAACUUAUUGCCCCACCCGCCCUCUUCAAUGUACAAAUUCAAAGCUGGCUCCAUAGUCGCAACGCCGCGGCAAGCACACGGAGCAGUUCACGUACCAAGGUGAUGAAUGCCGCCAUUCUACCACCGUGUAUCUGCGAGGCUAUAGAUGAGUUUUGCACCAGCCUUAAGAGCUCCUAUUCUCACUUUGUUAUUCUAAGUGAUGAGCCAUCAGCUGAUUCACAGUCUUCAAGUCGACUUCCUUAUCGAUUGAAGGCUUCUCUACUGUGCACACGAGGCCGAGCACUACAGGCACUUUCGGCUGCUAGUUCUACAAUGCGAACUCUUCGUCAUACUAUUGCGUACACUAUACUAUCAUGGGAGAGGGCAAGUUUUCAAUUCCCAAGACUUCUUCUUUGCUAUUUAAUUCUAUUCACAUUCUUUGCUCAUUCACGAUUGGCGCCUGUUUCAAGAAGUGUUUUUGGUUUGACGGUCGGUAAUGAUGCUGAGAACGUGGUGGAUGCUGGUGCUUUGGAUGAAGAUGCCAAAAUGCGUCAAUGGAUUCGCCAUCGAGAUGAUGCAGAAUGGUGGUGGUAUUAUUGCUACUUUACCACAGAGGGUGUUUUUGAAAACUCCAAGGUAAACAGUCAUUGUUCCCAUGCCUACAUGAAGGAAUUCCCAAAUGCAACGGAGAACAUUUUGCGUAUAGCUGUUACCCAGGAUGCUCUCCGUCUCUGGCGUCUCUUGCUGCCGGACUCUAGUAGUCUGUGUGAAGAAGAACCAGUUCCAGGUCCUUCUUCGCGUGAUCCGUACACGGCUGUCCCAACAGUUGAUGCUGCCACUUCUACUCUACCAUCUCCAGAUAGCCUUGGAAUUCCGGCUAGUCUCAUUUGGGAUGCGGAUAUAUCCUAUCUCCUGGUUAAUCUUCUCUUUUUACGACCUGGGUUGGAACCUGUCAGUCAUCGCGUGGUUUGUCAACGAGAUGCUCAACGGGAGCGUGUCAAGGAACUCGAAUCGAAGGAACUUUUGUCAGAUGUCACUUGUAACGACGGCUUCCCGCGUCUUCCAAUUGGCGACAGCCAUGACGCCUUCACAGUUCGUAUUUGCUUCCUUGCUCUCUUGGUUCAGACCCUUCUUUCGUGGAAACGAGACACAGUUAGUGAUGAAACCAGUGGUGAUAGUAAGGUUGAUGCUGUGAAGGAGCCUUGUGCUUUCCUUUGGAUGACUGAUAAACUUCUGGCUGUACGUCGCCGUUUACAGCACCUGGCUGGUCUACCUGUUUGCACAAUUGAGGCUACUGCUGAAAACCUCGCGCACCUCUUCUCAUAUAUCCACGAGCAUUGCCUGCCCUUCUUGCGUAUUGCUGCCUACCUUAUCUCCCUGUUCACGAGUGUAGACGUCCCCUCGGAGCUGUCUAAUCCGAGACCGGAGGAAGCGUCAUGUGAAUUCAGUCUACUUUUGGCUUACCUGGGUCUUCCUCAAGCCCCAUCGGACCUCCUGGUGCUUCUCUCUGAUGAUGCAGCCGGUUCGUCCAUCGCUCCAACACAGCCGACAUUUAGUCCAGCUUCCCCCGAGGUUUCAACAUCUAGCUCCCUCUGGCUUGCUAGUCUUAUGACCUCUUGGUGUCUCCUCGGUCGCCAAUCUGUUGCUCGUAGGCUGUACUCCAAAAACUUGUUACCUCGGUACUUCACCCUACCCGCUGCUUCAGGUGAUGAACAUCUCUCCCUUCUUCCUGAGCCUUACAUCAAGCUUCCACGUCUUAUUCAACUACCCAAGGACUACGCAACGCUAAUUUCUCUGGUUACUGAAAUCAAAGGUGUUCAUCGUGGAAGCAACAUUCAUUCUGAUCCUAGUUUGUGCUUGGUUUGUGGUGCGGUAGCCUGCUUCGCUUGCUACAGCUGCAGGCGGUCUGAAUCAAUUCCGGUUGUUAACACUAACCUCUCUGGCAAUGCCAAUACUUCCCAAUCUGCAUCCUCGAGACGUAGAGAGACGGUGGUUUUCGAUAUUCAGGCUCAUAUUCGUAGAUUCCAUGCUGGCUACGGUCUGGUUAUGUUGUUCUCUGGUGGGGUACUUCUUUUCUCUGAUCAAGCACGACGUAUCGCUGAGUUGGGAAGUCCCUAUACUGACGAGUUUGGGGAAUCAGAUAUUGGACUUAAACGUGGAAAUCCUCUGUAUCUUGAUGACAAGUUGUAUGAAGAAUUUAAUCGAACUUGGUUAAAACACGAAACAAAUGUGAAUUCAAGCACGAAUGUGCAUCUCUAA